UCACUUUGAUACAUGUUUUAAUGUUAAAUAUUAGGGAGGAAUAAAAUGUUUAAAAUGCCUCAUAAUAAUUCAUAACUAGGUCACUAGAUAAUUUUCAGCUACUAUUACAGGCGGAAGGAGUAUCCACGUGUUGAUCAAAGGGAUCGUUCGCAAAUGUCAAAUUUGGUUUAGUUCCAUGGGACACUGUUCAGCUAAAACUGAUAUCCUAUAGUGGGAAGAAUCAGAACCAUGGCCACGUUGUUUCGCAAGGUAUGGGAAUCGGUAUCGACUCGUUCGAGUUCCAACUCGAAUUCGAGUGCCAACUCGUCCGAUCGCUUCCAGCAGAUGAUGUAUAUACAGACGGCGUCAACUGGUGAAUUUGAUCGGAUACCGUUGGAUAUAUUUAUUCAAAUUCUGAAGAUUUUAGGGCCAAAAGAGUCCGCGAAGCUGAGCUCUGUGUGUAAAACGUGGAAAUUCAUUGUCUCCGAUAAUCGGCUGUGGAUUUAUUUUCUUCAAAAUCAGCAUGAGCCUUGGGAUUCUAUUUUUUUCGCAGAAACUCACUUGCGAUUGGGUCCUCUUCGGACAUUUCCAAAUUCAGUACCUGACUUGUCAUUCAUGAGUAUUUAUGGUCAACGUGCUCAAGUACCUGGUGCUAUCGUUAUUGAUGGGGGGUCAGGCUAUUGCAAAUUUGGUUGGAGUAAGUAUAGCGCUCCAUCAGGAAGAUCAGCGACAUUCUUGGAAUUUGGUAACAUUGAAUCUCCAAUGUAUUCUAGAUUGAGGCACUUCUUUUCAACAAUAUACACCAGGAUGCAGGUGAAAACUUCAACACAGCCAAUCAUUGUCUCCAUACCAAUUUGCCACUAUGAAGAUACUGAAUGUGAUAAAGCAGCUAGAAGGCAGUUAAAAGAAGCUAUCCAUUCUGCAUUAUUUGACAUGAAUGUUCCUGCCGUUUGUGCUGUCAACCAGGCAGUUUUAGCUUUAUUUGCUGCGAGGAAAGUUUCAGGAAUAGUAGUCAACAUUGGGUUUCACCAAACAUCUAUUGUUCCAAUUCUUCAUGGUAAAGUCAUGCACCAGGUGGGUGUAGAAGUUGUGGGAAUUGGAGCAUUGAAGCUUACAGGAUUCCUUAAGGAGCAGAUGCAACAGAAGAACAUUUAUUUUGGGUCACUUUACACUGUGCGAGCACUAAAAGAGAACCUUUGUUAUGUCGCACUCGAUUAUGAAGCUGAGAUAUCCAAAGAUACCAAAGCUUCUUUCCAGAUUGCGUCCGAAGGUUGGUUUACGCUUUCAGAAGAGCGCUUUAAAACAGGAGAGAUUCUGUUCCAGCCUCGAAUUGCAGGAAUGCGUGCUAUGGGUUUGCAGAGUGCUGUGGCACUGUGCAUGGAGCACUGCCAGGAUGCUGAAUUAAUGGCUGACGAUAGCUGGUACAAAACAGUAGUUUUGGCUGGGGGAAGUGCAUGUUUGCCUGGAUUAGCAGAAAGAUUAGAGAAGGAUGUGUGUGGAAUUCUUCCCCCACACAUGAGCAAUGGAAUCAGAGUACUUCCUCCACCAUAUGGCGUAGAUUCUGCAUGGUUUGGGGCUAAACUGAUCGGCAAUUUGAGCACCUUCCCCACUUCCUGGUGUGUGAUGAAAAAGCAAUUUCGGAAUAGGUCAAGACGCAAGUUUAUAUGGUGAAUGUGAGCGGCACUACAGGUGGUAUGCUAAAGAUUAAGAACUUUGAUGCGCCUCAUGGUUGAAGAUCAACUACUAUAUCGUCUCAUUGUUAAAUACAAAUAUAAGGCUAUCUGUACAUCAUUUAUACAGACUAAAGCAAUGUCGUUCAGUUGUGCUAAUGGAACUGCUAAGCAAAUGAUGUACAAAACUUAGAUGGUUGAGGUAGCUCUAAAUGGAGUGAGAAUAUCUGUAAGCCGGACAUGAAGACUAUAAUAAAGGAGCACCUUUUUCAAAGAUA